ACACACACACACACACUCUCUCUCUCUCCCUCUCUCUCGGGAGGAUGCCGCCUCGGUUUAGACAACAGACGCGGAUCUGAAGAGCUACCGGGCGGACUACCGGACACACCGACACGGUCACCGCGAACGCCCGGGCACGGAGCCUCCGAGCCGGGCAGAACUCCCCCUCCGGGCCGGGCAGAACCGUCGCUAACGUGGGCGUGAUUCCCCGGAGAACCGCGCACGGAGAGAGGGAGAGAGAAGGAGGGAGGAUGAAGAAAAGCAACCAGAGCAGACGGGGCCUCCAGGACUCGGGUCUUCCUCCAGCCGUCCAGCAGCCGGAGAAAGCCGGCUGGAUCAGGAAGUUCUGCGGCCGCGGCAUCUUCAGAGAGCUGUGGAGGAACCGCUACGUGGUCCUGAGAGGGGACACGCUCUACAUCUCCGACAAGGAGGUGAAAGACGAGCGGAAGGCGCAGGAAGUGUUCGACCUGGCUGAUUACGAGCGUUCAGAGGAGCUGCGGAAAGCAAAGAGUCGCAGCAAGAAGAACCACAGUCGCUUCACGCUGCUGCGAUGCAGGCAGCCGGGAAACACCGUUCCUAACCUCGUGUUUCUGGCGGUGAGUCCUGAGGAAAAGGAAUCAUGGGUAAAUGCCCUCAAUGUGGCGAUCAUCAAAGCCAAGAACCGCAUUUUAGACGAGGUGACCAUCGAGGAGGACGGUGCCUUGGUUCAUCCCACCAGAGACCGGGCAAAGAUCCCUCACGGCCGCCGGCUGCCGACCCGAGGACACCUCAUGGCCGUGGCGUCCACGUCUUCCCACGGCAUGCUGACCCUAGACCUAGUGGCCGAGGAGGACGGUUUGUCUCCGGACUACGAUGGCGAGUUGCAGGAAUCCUCCUGGGAGAAACUCCAGGCCGACCUUCUGCGGGGGGGUUCGUGCGGACAGGUGGUGGCGGCAGUCGGGUCUUCAGGGGUCGGAGUUCGUCAGCGAGCCGGCACCGAUGUGUCAAAACUGCGGGCGACGUCCAAGGAGCCCAAAGUGAAGACCAGCAGUCUGCCCAGAGGGAGUGAGCUGUCCUGGGGCCAACAGUCACACCUGGAGGCCUCCAAGGCACAUGUUACCUUUCAGAUCCUUCAGUCUCAAACGCCGCAGCCGGGGAAGAGGUUCAGCAUGCAGGGGCGGAGUCGCUGUGCCUCCAUGGACGAAGUCCUCUCCUCCAGACCGGCGAUGAUUCGCUCCGAGUUUCGCUCGGCGCUGCGGCGUUGUCCGACCGAAGAGGAGGCUGGGGGCGGGGCUUCGGUGGCGCCCGUCGGGCAGCUGCAGAGCCUCAUCGCCCAGAGGAUGCAGAGAGCUCAGGAGCUGCUGGAGGAGAUGAGACUGCAGGAGUUGCAGAAGGCCAAAGCGGAGAGAGAACAUGGAGGCAGCUCCCCGUACCUGAAGGGCAUCGACUCUCCUCGCCUCCACCACCUCAGGGGCUCCGACUCUCCACAUACCAGCAAGUCGCCCGGAUCUCCUCGCCUCCGGGGGAAAGACUCUCCCCGUCUGAGAGGCCGAGAGUCUCCUCGAUCCAAAGCUAAGAGAAAUCGCUCCAAAGGGACCGACUCGCCUCGCUCCAGAGGAUCCCAAUCGCCCGCCGCGAAAGCAAACGACUCCCCUCGACUGAAAGAUUCGCCGCGGACAAAAACCACUGACCCACGUUCCCCGAAACUCAAGGGAUCGCGUAGCGCCUCUUGUCCCAAUGAGGACGACGACUCUGCCGCGCAGAAGUCGCCCAAAUCAGCGGCGAGCGGCGAAGGAUUCGACACGUCACCGGUUAAAGAAGCUGACUCACAACAAGAGAGCGAAACCGACUCGCCGCGUCCAAAUCAGAAGAACUCGCCGAGCAUUUCCGGGUCCUUCGAGCCUUCGCAACCCAAAACCCCCGACAAACACCUUCCGCCCGCCUCGCCGCCCGCCCUGCUGUCGGAGUCGGAGCUGCGGAGGCGGCACGACGAGGCAGAGCGCCUCCUGGAAGAGGCCGUGUCAUCGUGGAAGGAGGCGCAGGAAGUCCUGCAGGAAGUGAAGGAGCUGCAGAGCCAGACGCUGCGGAGGCAGCGCCGGAGAACCUACGAAAAGAUGUCGUUGACAGCGGCGGCGGCUGGGUUGCCCAAGGCGACCACGGCGGCAGAUACGGACGACACGCCGAACUCGCCGACAUCCCCCGAAGACGAGUCCGAGACGCCUUGACGAUGGGGAUUUUCUUUCUUACAACUAUUCCUUGAAUUAUAUUUUACUCAAAGGACCUUUUUCAGCAUGCUUACACGCAUAAAAAAGCAGACAGGAUUUGCAUAAUUUGGGGGAUUUUUUAAAUGUUUUGCAUCUUUUAAUCUGGGGGAUAAUCCGUGGGAUGCACGUGAACACUUGAGCAAAACGUGGAUUGUUUUAAAAACCAGCAAUACCGUUCUUCCCGGGAGGUUUUAAUGACUUUCACUCCUUGAAUUGAAUUUUCUCAGUGGAAGUUUUUCAGCAUUGUAGCAACAACACAUUAUGUGCAAGCAUUUUUGUAAUAAGUGAUUACUAGGGAUGCACCGAAUCCAGAUAUUUUGGGGUUCGGCCGAAUACCG